AUGUUCUUUCUAUGUUUAUUACUUUCUAUUACCUGGGGGAAAAUAGUUCAAAAAUCAGAGUUGAAAAAAGAUAGUUGUGAUAGUAGAUCGCCGGUUGUGUUAAUUCCUGGAUUAAUGGCAUCCAUUAUUGAAGCAAAAAUAAAUGUUGCCGAUGAUUAUCAACCAUGGCCAAAAUCAGGGAAAUGUGAGAAAAAUAAAGAUUGGUUUAGGGCAUGGGUUAAUGUAGAUAUUACGGUUCCAUGGAAAAGUGAAUGUUAUAUCAAUUAUUUAAGUGGAAUAUGGAAUAAUCAAACUAACAAGUUAGAAACUAUCCCUGGCAUUGAUUUAAGAACACCAAAAUUUGGGUCAACUUAUGCAUGUGAUCAAUUAGACCCAGUGUUUUUAAUUGGUUCUUUUACUAAUUCAUUUCACAAAAUUAUUGAGCACUUGAAAAGUGUAGGAUAUAAAGAUCAAGUUGAUAUGUUGGAGCUAGUAUGA